AUGUUAAAAGAAGCAGCAUCCCUGAUAAUGAAGCACACGGUGACGUCUCGUCGGCAUCUGACACCAGAACUAGCACUACGGCUGAUCACUCCUGAGUGUCCGCUGUGGAGGGCCACUGAAGAUCAGAUCCCAUUCAAGGAUCCUUUCUGGGCAUUCUACUGGCCUGGAGGACAGGCCACUGCCAGAUUCAUUUUAGACAAUGGUGAUCAAUUCAAGAAUUAUUCCAUUUUAGACGUUGGCUGUGGAUGUGGCGCGGGAAGCAUCGCUGCUGCAAAAGUAGGAGCGAAACUAGUGGUAGCCAACGAUAUUGAUCAUUUUGCGGUUACUGCUACGAAAAUAAACGCUGAAUUGAAUGACGUCACUGUUGAAACUAGUACAAACAAUUUGAUUGGAGAUAGCUGUAAAGAAUUUGAUACAAUUCUGAUUGGCGAUAUGUUUUAUAAUGAAGAAUUCGCUAGUGUACUGUUCGAAUGGCUGCACAGACUGUCCACUGAAGAUGGGAAAACGGUGCUAAUUGGUGACCCAGGGCGGCACGGACUAACUGCCACCCGACGGCAACAGAUGUCGCUAGCGGCGCGCUAUGACCUGCCUGCGCACAUUUGCAUGGAAAACCAUGGUUUUACACACGCUGAUGUCUGGAUAUUUAAUAAAUAA